UAUUAUUGAAAUACAAAAAUGAUCUGAUACACUUAAACAUCCACAAUCAUACAUUACAAUCCGAGAUACAAACUCAUUUAAAAUCAACUGUUUAUUUAUCCGAUUGCAUGAUACAAAUGAAUUACAACGGCAUCAAAACGUAAUUGUUACAUUUAUUCCUAUUUCUUGUCAUGUCAGUCAAAACAUGGCUAUCACUUUACUUUACACUACUUUGCUUUUUACCUAAACAAAAUUGACUCACAACGGCGUUUCAGUUCGGCCUAACAACAUGCACGGUUUAGUGGAAACAACUGUUCGUACGAUGCGAUCGUCCCUCUUGUUGGUGUUGACGAUGCUAGUGGUGCGGAGUUGCUCAGUUCCAAUAACAGUGAUGUACGAACGACUGGAACAAACCGUUGGUUUCGAUGUGGUCGAUUCCAGAAACGUUCGUAUCCGAAAGUACAACCGAUCAAUGACCGUGUUAGACGGUACGGUUGAUUUACUUCAGCAAUUAGAUGACGAUUACUCCUUUACAAUCCAGCUAUCAUACAGUAGGUUGGGUAAUAAUCAGUUUAUAGUCUCACCCUACCGGUUACCAUCGCAAAAAGUGUGCGAGUUCCUAAACACUACCUAUCGGGAUUAUCGAGAAUUUUACAGAAAAACGACAAACUUUCCCGACGUUGGUACAUGUCCGGCAGAAGCGAAGCAGUAUUACAUCAGAAAUAAGGUACUGGACGCAAACAUAUUCAACGAUUAUUUCCAGGCAGGAUUGUGGAAGAUCACCCUAUUUCUUUAUGAAAAGAGCAAACCAGACUUACCCAUCGUCUCGGGAAAUUUGUUUUUUCGAGUGUCCCGCGAAGGACUGUUUUAACAGAAACUUCAAUUUAAAUAAAAAAUAAAAAAUUUAACCUUUAACAUUUGACACAAUCAACUGAUUGUUUUCCUAACUAAACCUGAAUCUUAAGUAUCAAACAGACAAAUAAAAAUACCCGUAAAAAAACGUUCAAGCUCUAUGUCACGCAAAAUUAUUCAUUGAUCAACAUAAUUUUUCAUUUUACUCAUAAAUCAUUAAUUGAACGAUUUAUUGAUGAGGAUGAUAUUGAUGAUUUAUUAUUCCUCAAUAAAUUACACUUUAUUUCUCAGUUUUGUGUUAUUG